AUUUCAAGUGUUAGUAGUACUCUAAUUACCAUCGGUGGUAAAUUGGAAAUGCCGUCGUCAGAUCCGUAUGAGUGUCUAGCAAAUGAGAGUAAAAUUAUCGAAAAGCACACUGAACAAAGGCUGCAAAAUGAUCAUCGAAUGGAUAAUCUUAUUCUUUUAGUAUAUGUAGUGCUUCUAACUCUUUCUGUCAUAACAAUCUGGGCUUUUAAACAUAGACGCUUUCGAUAUAUCCACGAAACUGGCCUUUCAGUGGUAUAUGGACUGGUCGUUGGUCUUAUACUUAGAUAUGCUAUAAAAUCUUCAAAUUACACCGUGGAGAUGCAUGUGUUUUCACGUAAAAAUGAUGAAGCGUGCGGUGGUCGUUUGCCUCCAGAGAGACUGAUUAUUGAGUUUCCUGUCCGUGACCAGUACGGAAAGUUCAAUUUAAGCAUGUCGUUCCGGUACAAAUUUGAGCAGCAAUCGGAUUUCAACUCUUUAAUCAACAACAAGGCUACGUUCGACCCGGAAUUCUUCUUUAAUGUUUUACUUCCUCCUAUAAUUUUCUCAGCAGGUUAUAGUAUGAAACGCGGCUACUUUUUCAAAAAUAUUGGAGCCGUUCUUACUUAUGCAUUUGGUGGUACUUUGUUGUCCGCUCUAGUUGUUGGAACCAUUUGCUAUGGCUUCACCCGUGGAAUUACUUCAUUGUCUCAAACUUUGCGUCUCUCAGACUGCCUUUUGUUUGGAGCUAUUAUAUCUGCUACUGAUCCUGUAACUGUUUUGGCCAUCUUUAGUGACUUGAAAGUUGAUGUCAACUUGUAUGCACUCGUAUUUGGUGAGAGUGUUCUUAACGAUGCUUUAGCAAUUGCCUUAGCCCAGUCGAUCGAAAAAUAUGGAUCCAUUUCUGCUGGUAAUUUUGAUGGCCACGCUUUCCUGUCUUCUGUGUUAAACUUUUUUAUAAUGUUUGGAGGUUCAUUCGUCACUGGCGUUUCUAUUGGCUGUGUAACGUCUCUUCUUACAAAAUUUACACACAUCAAGGAGCAUCCUCUACUGGAAACAGCUUUGUUCGUUCUAAUGUCUUAUAGCACAUUUCUUUUUGCUGAAACUGUUGGGUUUACGGGUAUUGUUUCCGUGUUGUUCUGUGGUGUGACUCAAGCACACUACACUUAUAACAACCUAUCCCAGGAAUCUAAAGUAUGGACAAAAUCUUUUUUUGAACUACUUAACUUCUUGUCGGAAAACUUUGUUUUCGCAUAUAUCGGUGUUUCAACGUUUACUUUCCCUCAUCAUUAUUGGAAUGCUCGAUUUGUAUUUAUCGCAUUGUUCUCAUGUGUAAUUGCUCGGGCAGUCAGCGUAUAUCCACUUACAGCCCUCAUCAACUUUUGUCGAACUUAUCAGUGUUCCUGUUCUACGAAAUGUUUGAAGCGAAAGUUUGAUUCCAAUUCCCAACUGUCUUACUCUAGUGAUAAAAAUAUUGUGCCUGGAUCAUCAUUUUUGUCGAAUUCAAUUGAUUCAGGUAGUGUCGCAGUUACUUCAGCUGAUAAUAACAGGAAGGAUAAAUCUAACAAAAUCACUUUAAAUUUUCAACACAUGAUCUUUUUCUCAGGCCUUCGGGGUGCCAUGGCUUUUUCAUUAGCGAUUCGCAAUACAAGUUCUGAAAUACGUCGGAUGUUUUUUUCAACGAUUAUUGUAAUAGUUAUGACUACGGUGUUAUUGGGAGGUUGUUUUGCCAUAUCGUUACUUCACAGAUUGCAGAUACCUGUUGGUGUAGAUUGCAACAGUAAAAACCAACCGCAUACAGAUACGGAAGAAGAUUUGGUUGAUGAUCAUAGUUGCUGUAGUUCUCAUUGGAUGAGUUUCGAUAAAUUCUAUUUGAAACCAUUACUUACACACAGCACUCCACCACUGACCGAAUCAUUACCAUCAUGUUGUUAUAAAUUUGCCAAAUUACUUACAACUUUUGAACAAAAAAGUGGGACAUUUGUCAAUAACGAUAGAAAUAAUAGUUACCCUGACAAUUUUAAACGUGACAGUACUACUGUAUUUUAUUCCAAUGAGAAGGCAUCAAUCAGUUCUACACUCAGUAUGAAUACUGUUAAAGUGCAACCUGUGGAAGUAAGCGCGUUUAUUUGUGAUUUUAUUUUGUAAUAAAUUGCAUUUUACGAAGUUUAUCAGCGGGGUAAAAUGACUUGUGUUUGAAUAACCUAUUUAUUUAGCACUAUAUAUAUAAUACAUAAUUUUUACGAUUAAAAUUGUAGAGGGAAUUGAACCGAUAUCUAGCUUUUCAAAUUAAAGUGGUUGAUUAUGUAUGACAGAAUUACUUUUAUUGCGGUAAUCGACUAAAUUUACCAAGAUUAAAAUCGUAAGUCUCUGAUUUAUGAAUUUAAUACCCGGGUAUGUAAUAGGCUACCACACCUGUCAAGUCAUACGACUUAAUUUUCAAAGUGUUAAAUCAGCUUCUCUUUUUACCUUCAUGAAACAAAAAAUGGACUGAUUGUGGUAUGUACUCUUUUUUUUAUUGUAGUUGGACAAAAUAAUGUUUAGGGUUUCUCGGUAUCUGCUUGAAAAAUUUAUUUGCACAUUACAAAAUAUCUAAUGAGAGGGCUUAGUUUGUUUUCUUCGUUUGCUUAAAAUCUAUCUGCUAUGAUUAUCACUAGCAUCCCGUGGAGCUAAUGAACAAAAUGUAGAUAGUUCGAUUAAUGAUCAGCAGUAAGCUUAAAUAUUAAAAGUUUAUUUUUCUGAAGUGUUUGAGUUUGUUACAAAUACAUAGAUGUUUUAUACAGUUUCACUGUCUACAACGUUAUCAACCAGCAAAUGCUUUAUUAUCAUUAAUAUUAAUAUUAAUGUAAAUGCUUAUUUUAUCUUCUCACAGUUGACAAUAAAGUCAUGUCGGUCUCACUUACAUACUAGUAGCAUAAAUGGUUUGAUCGGACUACAUAAGGAUAAAAAAGCAGUCAAUGUUCAUUUCGUUUUUUCUCGUAAUAUGAUACAAUUCAUAUUUUGACUAAAGUUCUGUCGUUUAGCAAAAUUUAUAUUAUGUAUACAUUCCUUUUGUUAAAUCUCAGUGUAUAAAUCAUUUUCGUAAACGUCUAUGAGCACGUUUGAUUAUUAAGACAAAUGAAAGUGAUGUGGACUUUCUCUUAGUAAUUUCCUCAUUUCAAUGAGUAAUAAGUUGGCAUUUCAUUUUCGCAUAUAUAUAUAUUAAUGACAAUGAUGAUGGUGAUUACAAUCAUUAUUUAUAUAAAUCCUAUUAUCUUAACUAUGUCAUUGUUGGUACUGUUGUUUCUUCUCCCUUUUUCACAUUAAUAUUCAUACUGAAAGUGUGCACAACUUAUUCAACUAGACAGUGAUAAUGAUGACACUAAUAUUAGUAAUGAUAGUAACAAUAAGUUUAAGCUUGGUGAUGGAAAGAAUUUUCAUGAUCCACUCUAUUUCAAUGAAGUUAUGUGAAUAAAUAUACGGCGAAUUAUGGAAAAUAAAAAAAGAAACACUGGCAAUUAGCAUCAUCAUCAUCUCUGAAAAGAAAGCACUUGUCAUUAAUGCAUUUUCUUUCCUUCGUCGUUGGUAUUUUUCUCGCUCUCUCUCUCCCUCUCUCCCUCCUUCAUAAUCUAUUAGAUUUGACUGUCCAUGACUGAAAAUUCCAUUUAUAUGUUUCUAUUUACCUUUUAUAUAAAUAUGCGCAGACAUAUUAUAAUAAAGAGCACUGAUACACAUUUGAUGAAGAAAAAUACACUGAACAGUAGAUGGGAAUUAUUCAUAAAUGAAUAACCGUUUAGUUUGGUUUGUUUGCAUGUGUGUGUUAAUUUCAAGCUAUCUUAUCACUUUUUUUCCUGUUUUUACCUUCCUUGUAUACAUUCUUCUAUUAUGCACUAUUGUCCCAUAUGCAUCCGUUGGUAGAGAAAUAUUUAUUUUCUUUAAAAAAAAAACAGUUAACAUCUUUACGUCCAAUUACUCUGUGAUUUAUUGAUUUCAUUCCGUAGAUUAAAAACAAUUUAAUAGUUAAAAAGCGUCAUGUGUUACUUUCAUUUCAUUUUGUUUCCUAUUAUACUUGUAAAUACUGUUAUUUGUGUUGUUGCUAAAUCUCAUUUACUAAUAAUUAAUUACACAUUGUAAUAUUCUUUUGAAAUAUUAUUUUUGUAUAUUUUGCCAGUCUGUUUAUAUUCGUUUGUUCACUUGAUCAAGUGCAUUGAAUCAUUACUAUUGGAAAUUUUAUUUUAUUUAAGUGUUUUCAUGAGCUUUGACAAAAAAGAUUCUAUUUUACUUUUUAACUGAAUGUUCACAUAUACAUGCAUGUAUCAUAUAUAUGUGUAUCAUAUACUAAAACUCCACUUGAAAUUUUGUUUAUUUACUUCAAUUACGUCUAAAAGUAGAGCACAGAAAUGUCCGUCACUCAUUUAACGAGUUAUGUAUAAAUUCUUGAUAACCAACAGAACUUGAAUUUUUAUUUAUACAAUGUGAAUUAGUUGUUUGAACAAGAAGAAAACAGUAUGAUG